ACCACUAGUACCACCAUCACCAUGUGGGUGACUACAAGGUUAUCGGAACUGCAUACGUCAAAAGUUUGCUGUCGAUGACACCGACUGUAAAGAAGUGCAUUCUUAACACGACGGAAAUAUUGUGAAGUGGUACCGAGACAAUACGGGACUUUAUUACGUUAUACGCGAAUAUUAUUAAAAGAUAUGUUAAAUAAAACUUAAACAUAUGAAUAUAGUACAAUAGUACCAGACAUAUAAUGGGAGAAAUAUGUAAUGACGUGUUUUUAAACGACAUUUUUUCUGUUAAACUGUUACCAGUUGAACAUCAAGAUGAAAAUGGGAACUAAUACAACUAUAAUUUCCCAAACUUGUUAUGUGAAAGUUACUUGAAAAAUAUUCAUGACGAUAAAACUCAUGGAUGCAGGAAUGAGAGUAGGAGCUGUAUCCCCGCCUCCACCCGGAGUUGGGCUUCGAUAUCUUUCCCACCAAAGCUGUUGGCCGUCAACACCUUGCAGUGAUAGCGGUUAUGACAACGCUCUCUUCUCCCGAAUUCCCCUUUUUCCGAGAACAUCUAUUAAUUUAGAUCGAAGUAGUUGCGAGUAUAGAGUUCCUUUAAGCGAUGAAAAUCCUUCAAACAAACUGGCUCCUCAGCAAACUUCAGUCACUGUGCGUGGUACUGCAAUUUACUCAAACAAGUAUUUGGUAAAAAACCAACUGAAACAAUGUACCCUAGUGCGACCUGCAGGUCAAAUUUACAAAAGAAUCGCUGCCUAUGGAGAUAUCAAUGAUCGAGAUAGUACUCUGGACCGACUGCCCAGAUUUCGAUUUGGCGGAAAUCGUACAUCUGCAGCGGAAAAGAGAAAUAAACAUCACAAGUAUAAAGAACUAACUUCUCGAUUGAAACGAGAUAUUACAACAGUUCCAUCUGCCAGAUUACGACAUGGAAAUAAGGCUAAUCCUACGACACCAUCUAUUCCAAUAUCUUGUCCAGCUGACGAUUUAAAAAGGGAGGUAGUAUUGCGAAAUAGUUCAGUAUCCUCAGAUGUUUUUUGUCAAACUAAAUAUUCGCAACACCAACCGUCUCAUAGACUUCAAGAAUUUGAAAGUCAAAUAUCUAUAACAGAGGUACAUUCGUUGAAUAAACCACAAAAUGUAUUGGUAGACUCAACGGAAGCUUCUAAGGGGGAACUGACUGUAUUCGAAGUCGACGGUAUAUCGGAAGAUCUUAAAGCGUUAAAUGUUUUAAUAGAAGCAUCAAGAACUCCCGAAGGUGAUAUAACGGAAGAUAAAUUGACACAUCUAGAAAACAGUCUUAACGACAAGAAAAAACGAAAAGCGAGACGAAGAAAGGGGAUUUAUAUUUCCCAAUGGCCAAAUACUUAUCAAUCUACUGAGGAUAUUAUACCUCAAUUGAUACACGAUGGAGAUUUUGCUUGUAUUGAUUCCACUUCCAAGUUUAUCAAAGAAUCUUUGGUUGAAAUAUCGAAAAUAAGCAUUUCUGAUGAAAGAAAUAAGGAGUAUUCAAUUUGGAUUAGCUCCCAAGAGAAGCUGGUUCAUUCUGAUGAGAAUGACUUAGCCGGGCCAAAGAUAAUAUCUGAAAAUUUAAAAGAAGUAACAGAUAAUAAUGAAUUUAAAGCAAAUCUAUCGCCAGUAUCGCUAGAACACAAUAAACCAAAUCAAAUACUAGUGCAAUCAGAUAAAGACAAUAUACUUAGUUUAAAUACUGAUUCAAAUCCUAAAAACAUUCCUUUAUUAGCCUCAAAAAACAAUUUAAAUAGUGAACUUAGCAUCUCACAAAACCUGCCAUCAGUUCCUUGUGCAUCAUUAAAUAAUUUAUCGAAACCAAAGCAUCGUAGAACUAGAGGAUCUCUUUCAAGUUUUUCAGAUGAAACUAACAAUAAAGAUGUUUGCGUUAAUUUUAAUUUAAAUACACCAAAACAACACAAAAAGAAAAUUAGUAACAACAAUGUGGUUAUUUCAACCGAUGUUGACAUAAAAAAUAGAGUAAAUCAACAAAGAACAACAUCUAGUCCAUCUAAAUUAGACUAUAUAAAUGCUGAAGAAAAUAGUGAUCUAUUGGAACGAUUGUUGAUACGAAGUUUCGACCAAUUAACAACUAAUGAUGCUAACCAAAAUUUUCAAAUGGACACCCGGACACACGUGGUGGUAGAACUGUUCGAUAAUGAGAAAAGCUAUGUUGAGUCUCUCCGUAUUAUGAUUACGGAAUAUUUGGAACCAUUAAAAUCUCCAGAAAAUGUGAAUUUAUUGGAUGGCCACCUAGUGGACGAGAUAUUUUACCAGAUUCCCGAAUUAUAUAGUCACCAUCAGCAUUUUUUAACUGAACUUCAAAAGAGGCUGGAGCAAUGGGAUAUAAAACAGAAAGUGGGCGAUGUCUUUUUAGAAAUGUUCACUAAGACUGCUGUUAUAGAAAGUUAUACAAACUAUGUGAACAAUUGGAAAAAGGCACGAGAAAUUAUGAAAAACGCUCAACAAUCAAAACCAGCAUUUAGUAGAUUUUUAGAGGUGACUGCAAGACAAAAUAGUGGCAAAUUAACUCUAGAUUCUCUUUUGAUAAAGCCUAUACAAAAAUUUCCCAAAUACGAACUUCUAUUACAAAGAAUAAUCAAACACACUGACGAGAGUCACCCGGACCACGACCUUCUUCUAGCGGCACAAAGCAAAGUCCAUGAACAAUUACUAAAAAUAAAUUGUACUGAAAAAGAAGCAUUAGACUUGGAACAACUGAGGGAAAUAGAAGGAUUGAUAGAUGGGUUAAUAAAUCUAGCGGUGGCGGAAAGGCAGUAUCUUAGGCAUGAUUACGUAUCGAUGUCUCACCGUACAGGGUAUAGAAAAGAAAGGGCUUUAUUUCUUUUCAGUGAUCUCUUAGUAAUCACGGGUAUAAAGAGGAAAAGCGGGACUAUACGAAGACCGACUACAGGCCAAGGGGGUAUUACUAGCACGUUAGAAGCGAAUAAGUACAAGUUGUUGAUGAAAAUACCGUUGGAGGAUAUAGAACUGAAUCGAUCCAAAGAUGAUAACAUGAGGCAAAUUAUGACGGAAGUUGAUAACUUAACGGAUGACAUAUCGCUGUUGAAUCAGAUACAUGAACUGGCAUGUAAUUUACAUUAUAGUCAUACAAAUUUAGAUGAAGUCGUCAAAGAAAUGUUGGGUUCAUUGAACAAGCAUCUAAUAGAACAACAAAAUUCGGAUUCGCAAUUAGCGUGUUUGGAUCUCACGAUAUCUACACCUAACGGACCUGAAAAUGUUUCCAUAAUAUUUACAAAUGUAGAGAAAAGAACAUCUUGGGAGGAGUCCUUGACUGAAGCUAAACAAAAAUUAGCAACUUCAACUGAUCGAGUCCCAAGUCCUGAAUUACUAGCCACAGUACCUAUAAGGAAAACUAGAGCAGGUCUCCAGUUUACCUGUGCUGCUCCUACUGUAGGUUACAAAUCUAAAGACGUAUGGGUGUGCAACAGCGAUGGAUACGUUGGCCAAGUUUGUGUUUUAAGUUUAUUGCCAGAGCCUAAUGUUACGUCCUGCAAUGGAGUGUGCAACAGAAAGAUAGUGUGCAUUGCAUCAGUACCAGGUAUUAAUAACAGAACAUCGACAAAUGGGAAUAAAAAGGUGGGAGGAGAACCAAAGGAACAUAAGAUGAUGAAUUUCGAUAGCAGUUCAUCGAGUGAUGAAGACGAAAACUGUGAUAAUGAAAUAAACGAACAACCCCAACAUAUAGUAGAUUCAGAAGUGUGUAGUGUAGAAAAUGAUGAAUCAGACAAUUAUCAAUCGACCAUGUGGUUGGGCACUGAAGAUGGUUGUAUAUACAUAUACAACUGUAGUGACAACAUUAGGAUUAAGAAAAAUAAAGGAAAAUUACAAUUAGGAGCUUCUAUUUUAAGUAUAAUAUAUCUGGAUAACAGGGUUUAUGUAUCAUUAGCAAACGGAGAUAUUACUGUAUAUGACAGAGAUUCUGCUGGAACUUGGAACUCAUCUAGUUCGGCAGUAUGUACAGUGGGAUCGUUGAGUUCUCCAGUUUCCAAAAUAGUACCUUAUAAUGGAAAACUCUGGUGCGGAUGUGGCAGCAGCGUGAAAAUAUUCGAUGGCCAUUCCUUAGCAGUUGAGAACAGUUUUGUGAUUAAUAAUGAUAGUAACAAGUCAAUUACGUGUAUAGUUCUUAGUGGAAACGGAGUGUGGUUAUCACUUCAGAAUUCAGCCAUUAUUAAAUGCUACCAAGUGACUACUUUCGAAUUAAUCUGUGAAAUUAAUGUUGCUCCGUCUGUGACUAAAAUGUUGACAAGUUGCGACGAUAUAAUUCGACAACACAAAGCAGCUUGUCUGCGAGUGACAUCUUUGGUAGCAUGCAAAGACCUCUUGUGGAUUGGUACUUCGGCCGGAGUACUGCUAACCAUGCCUCUUCCUCACAUUUCUUCGACAACGACCAAACUUACUACAGUACCUACAGUUAAUGGAGUGCCUCAUGGCCAUACUGGCCACGUAAGAUUCUUGACGUCGGUGGAAAUGCCAGCCAAUGAAUUAUCUCAUAGAAUUUCGUAUAAGUCAAAACAGGAGACGCGAUCUAGUGCGAAGUUUUUGGUGAUAUCUGGUGGCGAUGGAUACGAAGAUUUUAGGACAUCUAAUAUGUCAGAGGUAGCCGGAAGGGAAGAUUCUACGAACCAUCUUUUACUGUGGAAUAUUUAAGAAAAUAUCUAUUGAACAAUAAUGUAUAAUUCAGCAUAUCAAAAAAGUGUCAUUUUGUACGGUGCAUUUCUAUGAAAUAUGCAAAUUUUAUUUAAAAGUUUAUAAAAAACAAAGUCUGAUGAUUCACUUAUUUAUUAUCUAAUAAUUUGACUAAAAGUUAAAUCGAAACAUGCCUUCCUUGAUUGAAUUAACCCUUAACAGUAUAUAUUUUAACUAAGAAGUAUAUAUAGAUUUAUGAAUACUAAAUGGAAGAAUUUCAGAGUUCCUUGUAUAUAGAACUACAUAUUAUAUAAAUAUUUUAAAAAUUUCUAAUAAAUAUGUCCUAAUCUAUAA